ACAGCGGGCCUGACCAAGUCUACUGCCGAGCGUUGAAAAUGUAUUAUAAAAUAUCACGCACCUAUAGUUACUGAAUACGGUUAGUAUGAGGAUUUAAUUAGCCGUACCAGCACAUUUCUCGACAUUGGCAAUUAUGUCGUGCGAUCUGGACAUCGCGAAGUGUUUCGAUUUCGCGAGAGAACUCGUAUUACAAACUGACAAGAUACUUAAAUAUAACGAGGACGGAAAAAUUAUAUAUAACAAAACUGAAGGGGACUUUGUAACCAAUUAUGAUCAGCAAAUUGAAAAACUAUUUAUUGAUAACUUAUCCAAAGAAUUUCCCGAUCACAGAAUUAUCGCGGAAGAAACGGUAUUUGCAAUGCAAAAAAUGCCAGAAUUGACAGACGCACCAACAUGGUUUCUCGAUCCAAUAGACGGAACCGUCAAUUUUAUGCAUUCAUUGCCUUAUUUCAGCAUAAGCAUAGCUUUGAUGGUCUGUAAAGAGCUUGUUUUAGGCAUUAUCUACAAUCCAUCGAACUCAGAAUUAUACACUGCAAUGAAAGGCAAAGGCGCUUUUUUGAAUGGAAAGCCGAUUCACGUCUCUAACAUCACUGAUCUAAAACAAGCAAUGCUAGGGAUCGAUGCGUCAAUUAUAAAAUAUGUGAAAAAGGACAAAGACAUAUAUAUAGCCAGGCUAAUCGCUUUAAUCGAGGCGGUGCAGGCUAACAGAAACAUUGGAUCAGCUGCACUGAGCAUGGCAUACGUAGCGCAAGGUAUGAUAGAUAUCUUACACAUGGAUGUUCUUCUUAAACCUUGGGAUGUAGCAGCAGGAACGCUGCUUAUACACGAAGCGGGUGGAAUUGUUAUUGACUCGAAAGGUGGCACUUAUGAUAUUAUGAAGCCAAAUACUAUCGCAACAGCAAACAAAAAUCUAGCACAAGAGAUAUCUAAAAUAAUCAUCAAUACAGAUUUAAAAACGCAAAGAAAAAGACUCAAAAGAACCUGACGCAAAAAAGGCAAAAAAAUAACUCACGUUAAUUCAUUCAAGAGCUGAGUGUAUAAAACAAGAGAAGGUGUGUUCCAAUAGCGAAUGUAUCAUAUAAUACAAGGAAAUUGUCUAUAAAAAUCAGUUCUAAAGAAGUUUGUUAAAAAGUUCUAUUGACGCACUUACAGAUGUCAUACCUACGAGAUCAAUUCGAAUAUGUUAACCAAUGUACAAUGUUGUAAAAUGAGAAUUAGCAUAAUUAGUUUUUUUUGGAUCAAUUUACUCGUUGUUAUAUAUACGAAUAAAAUUAAAAUU